UCUCCUCGAAGUAAGAAGAAAAUUCGGAUCAGCAGGCAGCUCCAACAAGAUCUUCCAGCAGCUCAUAGCCAGUUCAACGCAAUCUACAUAUCUUCAAGAUGAAGUUCGCCACCGGUAUCUCGCUAUUCGCCUCUCUGGCCAGCGCUCUUUCGGUCGACCUAAACAAGCGUGACUCCCCUCUCGAUGUCAAGCUUGAGAUGGUUGGCAACACAGCCGUUAAGGCUAGCAUCACCAACACUGGCGCUUCUGACUUGAAGGUAUUCAAGACGGGUACCUUCCUCGACGAGAAUGCAGCCACUGAGAAGGUUGCUAUCUACCAGGGUGGUAACAAGGUUCAAUUUGACGGCAUCCGUCUGCGUGUGUUGACUACUGGACUUGACGAGGAUGCUUUCAAGACAAUCGCUGCUGGCGAGACUGUUGAGGCCACCUUCGACGUCGCUCAGGCUUACGACCUUAGCGCUGGUGGCAAGUAUGAUGUUGUCUCCUUGGGAGCUCUAUCAUACGCCGAGCUUAACACCACCGACAUUGCCGGCAUCUAUUCGGUCGCUGGAAGUACCAUCACCGCCGAGGUCGACGGUGCUGCCGCCAAGGAAGUCCGCCGCCGCUUCCACGCUAAGCGUCUCGCUGUUCAGUCCGACUGCACCGGAACUAAGCGUACCGCUACCACCACGGCCAUCAGCAACUGCCGUGCUCUAGCUUCAGCCGCCCAGACCGCUGCGACCUCAGGUUCGGCUUCUAAGCUGACCGAGUACUUCAAGUCGAGCACUAGCUCCACGCGCAGCACGGUUGCUAGCUUCUUCUCGAGGGUGGCCAGCCAAUGUAGCAGCACUACCUCGGGCGCAAGACUCUACUGCUCCGACGUGUAUGGCGCAUGCUCGAGCGGUGUCCUAGCGUACACCCUUCCAUCGGCCCAAUACGAAGUCAACUGCAACCUUUACUUCACCGCGCUGCCGGCCCUGUCCAGGACUUGCCACGCCCAAGACCAGGCGACGACAACUCUCCACGAAUCGACCCAUCUUUACGGCACCGAAGACUACGGCACUUAUGGAUACCAGGGUGUUCGCAGCCUUUCUGGGUCUCAGAACCUGAACCACGCCGACACCUAUGCGCUUUUCGCCAACGCCAUCUACGUUGGCUGUUAAACGCGUUGCUGCUCAUUGGUUCCACUGUUGAAUAAAGGGGGGGGAGGGGGUGGGCUUCUAAGGUUUGGGCAUGGAAGGAUGGGUAACUUUUAGGGGAAGACAAAAAGCAAGAACAGAAAGGAAACAAAAAAAAAAAAAAAAAAAAAAGACGACAUCCCUAAAAGAGCUUAAUCUUUCUCCUUUUCCCUAGAAGGAGCUUGUCAAAGGAAACAUUGUUUCGUGCACUGCCUUCUCCCGAUAGUGGGACAAAGCCCGCAAGAAGGCGGGGAGCGAGCGCAAACUUCGCUUGGAUACAAAGGCGGAAUUCACGUGUUACUCUCUGAUUGUUUUGUUUUUAAAAGGUGCAAAUAAAUGUUUUCAC